GGUUGUUGUGAGCGCACACGUGGAGGUGGGUGUGGCGGCGACUCUGCGGCUGCGCAGUGUGGACUAAUAGGCAGUGGAGGAUGUGGUGGAGUCUCCGGAGGCGGAAAAGAUGAAGCCAGCGACCGGCGACUUAUUACAGCGGGGGGAGGAGAUAGACAUGGAAGUAAUGAAGCCUCUAAUGGGAGACGAAGGAAGUUCUGAUGGGAAUGAGGAUGAGGAUGAGACUGCUCCGCGAGAUUAUCAACCCAGCAACCAUGACGGCCUGACGUUUGUCCAGACAUUGAUACAUGUUUUAAAAGGAAACAUAGGUACCGGUCUUCUCGGGCUUCCUCUUGCUGUGAAAAAUGCUGGAAUUCUGUUGGGACCAGUGAGCCUUCUAUUUUUCGGCAUUGUCUCCAUUCAUUGUAUGAACAUACUAGUUCGCUGCAGCCAUUCUUUAUGCCAAAGGUACAAAAAAGCAAACUUAGGCUACAGUGAGACAGUCGGGCUCGCAUUGGAAGUGGGACCUGUAAAAUGCCUCCAGCAAUAUGCCUCAGCAGGAAAGAACAUUGUUGAUUUUGCUUUGGUGGCAACGCAGCUGGGGUUCUGCAGUGUUUAUUUCGUCUUCCUGGCGGAGAACGUGAGACAAGUUUUUGAAGCUUCAUUUGAGAGCCCUCCACAGCACCCAGGACCAGGAGGGAGAUGGAGUCUUGAUCUGCGGCUGUACAUGUUGUCCUUCCUUCCCUUCAUCAUACCAUUAGUCUUCAUCCGGGACUUGAAGAGCCUGUCUGUCUGCUCCUUUUUAGCCAAUGUCUCCAUGGCCGUCAGUCUUGUUAUCAUUUAUCAGUACGUUAUGCGGAAUAUUUCCGAUCUUCGUACUCUCCCUUUGGUCUCCAGUUGGAAGAAGUAUCCGCUGUUUUUUGGAACAGCCAUAUUUGCUUUUGAAGGGAUCGGAGUGGUUCUCCCCCUGGAAAACCGAAUGAAAGAAAAGGGAGAAUUUCCCCGCGCCUUGAACAUUGGAAUGGCUAUAGUGACAGUUCUGUAUAUCUCUCUGGCCACAGUGGGGUACCUGAGUUUUGGAGACAAAAUCAAAGGCAGCAUUACUCUAAACCUUCCUCAAGAUUCCUGGCUUUAUCAGCUGGUGAAGGCUCUUUACUGCUUUGGGAUUUUUGUGACCUAUGCAAUUCAGUAUUAUGUUCCCGCCGAAAUCAUCCUGCCGCUGGUUACCUCAAGAGUGUCCAAGAAAUGGAAGCUGCCCUGUGAGCUCGCCGUCAGGUCAUUGCUGGUCUGUGCAACCUUAUUCUUAGAUUACAACCUACUGAAUCUGCGUGAUGAGUCUUCAUGUGUGUCUUAGCGCGUAUUGACGGCAUCUCUGCAGGUAGAUUGAAUUGGGCGUGUAUGUCUGUACCGCCACUGAUAAUUCUGAAACCUUUCUCUACAAUCCUUUGAGUGACGCGCUGCACAUUGCAGAGUCAUAUUUCAUCACCGUGUACUUAGAAGACCGGCGGACACAGAAGCCGACCGACCUCUGCCAGACGUUGCGUAGACAAAAUAUUUCACUCAGUCAUAUGCAAAUAAUAAAGAAAAACAUGUUAAUCACUGCGGCUAUAAUCCCGUCUGCCUUCCGCCUCUACAGUGAUAAUCUUUUACGAGCAGAUGCCUGGAGCGCUGUCCAACAUUUACUCACAUUUCCUAAAUUCUCGGUCCCAGAGAAAGUAAUUGAAGUUCUUCGAUGGUAGCAGCCAUGGAUAAACCGCAGCAAGUUCCUGCAUUUUGUGAUAGCUUUGUGAAGGAAGCAGAUGAUGACGAACUGUGACCUUUCAUGUGAAAACACUCCAGAAGAAGACAUCCUUCUGUAAGAAGUAGUUCAUUAGACUGCGGGACGAUUGUGUUCUAUCGCUUGUCUUCGAAAAGGGUUUAUAAUCUCUGUAGCGGGUUAUCCAUUACAAUGGAAUCACCGAGGACUUACGAGUACUCGGAAGUAUCUCUGCAUUAACUAUAUUGAUGGAGUGGCACUAGGAAGUAGUCUUAAGUGGUAUUGUUUACAAAGAUAGAGGAUUAAAGAGCAAUUCCACCCACAAAUGUGUGCUUUUGUAUGGCCAAUACCUAAACAUUCAAAAAUGUCCUUUUCUUCUCUCGUCCAAUAAAAGGUUUCUAGUUUCAAAUUUUUCGCCAGAUUUGAAAACUAUUCAGCUCCAUAUGGGGCAGUACUCUACUUGUUACUGCUGGUGUACAAAAAAUGUGGGGAGGGUGUAAUUUAUUAACCCCUUAAGGACAUGUGCUGUAAAUAUGCAUCACUGAAGCAAGUAACUUCACAUACAGUGCCGCACAUAUGCAACAUAGCUAUGAAGUGAGUGCAGGAGCUGCGGUAACUACAUGGCAGGUGAACUCUGGCUGCUAACCAAUAAUGGCGAACUCAGCGAUCACAUUGAGGUCUGCCAUUAACCCUAUAUAUAACGUGAUCAAUGCCGAUCACAGCAUCUUUAGUGAAAACAGAGUUUCGGCUGGGCUUAUUGCAUCCCACCCUGUACAGUCACGGGGGUCCGAUAAGUGCAAAUGACUGCCGGAGGUCUCGUCACCUAAUGCUGUUGUGCAGCAUGCUCAAGCUCCUUGUGCAGACUGAAGAGCACUCCACAUGCUUUUCCUACAUACAGGGUUUGCACGUAUAUGAACUGCACAUAUACCAUAUAGACCAUUCUACGUUUAUUUCACCUUAUACUUGCUAU